CUAAACAGAUGAAUAGGGAUUUGCUCAAACCUGUGACAGAAGAGGAAGUCUGGACCGCGCUGAAGUUUAUGACUCCUACGAAAGCACCUGGGGUGGAUGGUCUUCCAACUCUAUUCUUUCAAAAAAAUUGGACAACAGUAGGUUCGUUGGUUGUGGCUGAAAUACAAAAAUAUUUUCAGGAAAGAGCUAUACCACAGGAAAUCAACAAAACCUUAAUAGCACUGAUCCCAAAGGUGAAGCAACCAGUGAGCCCCAAGGAAUUUCGUCCAAUCAGCCUUUGCAGGGUUAUAUAUAAAAUUCUUUCCAAGCUUCUUGCAAACAUGUUAAAGGGAGUGCUUAAUGAAGCGAUACAUGAGAAUCGAAGUGCGUUCGUACCAGGAAGAUACAUAACAGAUAAUAUAAUGUCGUCCUUUGAGUGCUUUCAUGCUAUGAAGAACAAAAAAGAAGUGCAGAAAGGCUGCCCACGGUAAUUGGAAGGUCUAAGAAACCAGUCUUCACACAACUUAUAGAUAAAGUGAGGAAAACAGUUAAGUUAUGGAAAAGGAGGCUUCUGUCGAAUGCAACAAAGGAAGUAUUAAUAAAGGUCGUUGCACAAGCUCAGACAAUGUAUGCAAUGUCAGUCUUUUUAAUUCCCCAGGGGGUGAUUCAUGAAAUGCAAAGCAUAAUCUCGGGGUUCUAAUGGGGAAGUAAGAAUGGAGAAAGAAGAAUACAUUGGAUGAAAUGGGAUAAAUUGUGCAAGCCUAAGAAGGAAGGUGGUAUGGGGUUUCGUGAUCUACAUGGAUUCAAUAUAGCUUUAUUGGAAAGGCAGGUCUGGAAUCUACUACAGAACCCGGACUCCCUAGUUGCAAGAGUGUUAAAAGCUAAAUACUAUCCCUACACUACUAUUCUGGAAGCUCAAAUGGGUAAUAACCCAAGCUACAUAUGGAGAAGUAUCAUUGCAGCCCAGGGACUUAUAAAGGAAGGCACAAGAUGGAGAGUGGGAGAUGGAAAUAACAUACGCAUCUGGUGGGAUAGAUGGGCCCCAGAAGCCGAGGAUUACAAAAUUCAGACCAUUCUCUCGAGUUUAGGACUGAAUGCAAGGGUAGCGGAUCUUAUUGAUCAUUCAAGGCGAUUGUAACACCCUGAAUUUUGGGUUAUGGUUCGACCAUAAUACGUGAUCGGUUGGGUUGACAGUUGCGUACUAAAAAUUGCAAUCGCAGAUUAGUAGACAUAAUAAUAAUAAUAAUAAUUAUUAUUAUUUUAUUAUAAUUAAAAAAGUAUAUUUCCGACCUAGGGCCGAACGGCCCUCAGCGCCCUCCCCUCCUUUUAUUCCCAAACACUGCCAGCAUUAAACCCCGCCGGCCUCCUUUUGUAACUCCCACAAGCCUCAGUGAGAAAUCACCAAAACCCUCCCCCGACCAAUUGCUUUUCCCCACCAGCAGCACCAAGCAAAGCAAUCUUGGGGGGGGGGGGGGGGGGGGGGGACUCCGUGUCUCUUUUCCUUUUGUCUUACUCAUGAUAAUGGCGACCCUUGGGAUCUGAAAAGAAUUCAACAGCGGAAGCGGUUUGGACUGAUGCUUGCGUGUAUGGUGUUGUUUGUACCUAUGGUAAUGGCAGGCUGGCAUUUGAAUUGUAACAAGAUACUCUUCUUUAGCGGCGCCCUUUCAUCAGUCUCGCGCUUGGUGAACGAAGUGGUGUGGGAUAUGAAGCCUAUGCGAGAAGAACUCCUUGUUGCUGAAUCCGAUGGUGAUAACGUUGGUGGUGUGUCAUCGGCGGUAACGUUUGAGAAGAAUUGGGGGUGGUCGAAGUCUUGGAUAGUGAUGGCGAUGUAAUCAAUUGGAAGGUAAAAUGUUCGAUCAAAGGGAAAGGAGAAGAAGAACAAGGAGACCACGGGGAUUGGUUUAUCUCAAAACACAUCAAAUUUGGGGCUUAUUCGAGUAAGACGUUUAUGCUAAGGUGAGUGUAAAUGGGGUAAAUUCUGCGCCUUACGUAUUUUUCAAGUAUCUGCCUUGCGUGUUUAAGAAGUUGUUUUAUGUGAAAUUGUGUGCUUACGUAUGAUUAUGGUUGAUGAUAUGUGAUUUUGUUUGAGCUAUGUUUGAUGUGAAUGUGCAUGAGUUCUUACUUAAAUUAAAGAUGUAAGCUUAUAAGUUAAUGUUAAAGUUAAGAAGCAAGUUCUUUUUAAGAAGUAACUCACCUUCAAGAAGGUGAAGUCGUUUUAAGUAUUUUUAGUCACUAGCGCCAGUCCGUUGCCUUGUGAGACAGUUUGAGAUAGAGCAUCAGUUAUGCUCUUGAGACUUUUAAGAUGGGAAGUAGUUAUGCCCUUGAGAAUCGCGGUGAAGAGCCACCACGAUAAGUUUAAGAUGUUAGGGGGGGUGAAUCGUUACGACUUCCCUAACUAAGUUUAAGGAAAGCCUAGAUGGCUUCUCAUACGUAUGAGUUGGCAGCCAGACUAGCUAGUAGCUAGUGAGGGAUCCCCGUGUCAGUCAAAAGAUUUAAGUCAAGAUUUGAGCUUUAAGAGAGGAGAGUAACUUCAACUCCCUCAAAGUUUAAGAGUUAAGAUUUUAAGAUUGGAAGUACAAACAACUUCCACUAGUUAAAGUUAAGUAUUUAAGUAAAGUACUCAAGUAUUAUAAGUGUUGGGCCGCGUAGUUGAGCGUACUUGGGCUUUGGGCCCAAGAGAAGCGAGUCGGAGUUGAAGGCCCAAUAAGGAGGCCAGGCCCGAUUGAAAGACCAGGUCAGCGGGCGGUCCAUGAUCGACUGCAAACCCGAGGACUAAGAUAAGGGCGCCUGACAUAAAGCAACUGAGCAUCGCAGAGGGGCAGAGAGCCGUUGAAGAUGCGUAUCUGGUGUCAGGCAAGACUGAGCAUUUAUUGCCCGCCACAGGCGGCCUGCAGAAAGGCUGAAAGCCUGCCCAGGGCGCCUGACAUUUCCCAAAAAGCCUGAAGGGGCGCCCGACCAGGUCUGAGACGCCCGACACAGCAUUUAAUGCCCCAACCACCCUUCAACCAGGUAUAAAUAGAGGGUGAGUGC